CGUGGCCGUCCUCGUUGCCGGCGAAAGCGGCACCAGACCGAACACGCAGCUGCCAAAGGCAGACUCCGCCGCUCGGUCCAGUUUGCCUUCCGCUCUCGUUUGGCAUAGUACCGUCAGCGAGGUCGUCGCGUUUCAUGCUGUCCGUCAGCGACUAGAUAUCGUAACCUCGUAUCGUAUCGUGUCGUGCCGUGUCGUAUCGUCCUCGUUUCCGUUUUCUAUUCCACCUAAUCGGAGCCGGUCAAAUGGAUAGCUCGCGUAGAACUAAUACGAUCCGGAAACAAUCUCGCGCUGGUGGAUAAUCGUGUGAAAGAAAGUUGUCGUUUUUUCGACAAGGGUGAUUUUGUUCGAACUUGUUCCUUCUCUCAUACCUAGUUGUUCGACGAAGGAAUCAGCGUGGUUCGCGUGAGCUGCGGAAUCUUUGAGGUUCAUACACGUCAGUGGUUCCUGGUCAACGUGAUUCAUAAAGCGGUGUGAGUCUCUCCGCCAGAAGGGAGGCGCAGGCUCCCGUGGGGGGCGCAGGGGGAGGCGGUGGCGUCGGAGGCGAAGGGGGCAGAGGCGGUGGGGCGGACCGGAACCGGAAAUGGCUGCGAGGUGGCUCCUGCUGGCGCUCCUCGCCGCCCACGCCGCGGCUCUUCCUGAUAUCAUUAGGAUAGGUGGGCUGUUUCAUCCUUCGGACGACAAGCAAGAAGUGGCCUUUCGUUAUGCCGUGGAAAAGAUCAACGCCAACCGAGAUAUCCUGCCCAAGUCCCGUCUCAGCGCCCAGAUUGAGCAGAUAAAACCGCAGGACAGUUUUCACGCUUCGAAGCGAGUGUGCCACUUGCUGCGAAGCGGUGUAGCGGCGAUUUUUGGGCCGCAGAGCGCGCACACCGCCUCCCACGUACAAAGCAUUUGCGACACCAUGGAGAUUCCACAUCUAGAGACACGCUGGGACUACCGGCUCAGACGGCAGAGCUGCCUUGUCAACCUUUAUCCGCACCCCACCACACUCUCCAAGGCAUACGUUGAUUUGGUGAAAGCCUGGGGCUGGAAGAGCUUUACCAUCAUCUACGAGAAUAACGAAGGGUUGGUGCGGUUGCAGGAGCUCCUGAAGGCACACGGACCCAAUGAAUUCCCUAUUACGGUCAGACAGCUGAGCGAGGGUUCCGAAUACCGGCCGUUGCUAAAACAGAUAAAAAACUCGGCCGAGUCGCACAUUGUACUGGAUUGCUCUACCGAGAGGAUUUACGAUGUGUUGAAGCAGGCUCAGCAAAUAGGAAUGAUGAGCGACUAUCACAGUUACCUCAUCACCUCUCUGGACCUACACAGCGUCGAUCUGGAGGAAUUCAAGCACGGCGGGACCAAUAUCACUGCCUUCCGAUUAGUGGAUCCGGAGAAGCAAGACAUACAGAAAGUCGUGCAAGAUUGGAUCUACGGCGAGAAGCGUUAUAAUCGAGAACUCGAUAUGGGACAGAGUUCCAACAAGAACAACCUCACUUGCAUAAAGACUGAAACAUCAUUGAUGUACGACGCCGUGCAUUUAUUUGCGAAAGCACUGCACGAUUUGGAUACAUCCCAACAGAUCGACAUCAAACCGCUUUCCUGCGAGUCCACCGACACUUGGCCCCACGGAUACUCUCUCAUAAACUACAUGAAAAUCGUCGAAAUGACGGGGUUGACAGGAAUUAUCAAGUUCGAUCACCAAGGAUUUCGCUCAGACUUCAUUUUAGACAUUAUCGAACUGAACAACAAGGAGGGGCUGAAGAAGAUAGGGACCUGGAACAGCACCAAGGGUAUAAAUUUUACGAGGAGUUACAAGGAAGAGUACACUCAAAUCGUGGAGAAUCUUCAAAACAAAACUUUCAUUGUAACAACUAUACUGAGCGCGCCAUACUGCAUGAGGAAGGACUCGAGCGAAAAGCUGACCGGGAACGCACAGUUCGAGGGCUACAGCGUCGACUUGAUUUACGAGAUAUCGAGGAUUCUCGGUUUCAAUUAUACGUUCCGCCUGGUACCGGAUGGACGGUAUGGCUCCUACAACAAGAAGACGAAAGAGUGGGACGGUAUGAUGAAAGAACUGUUGGAUCAGAAGGCGGAUCUAGCGAUCGCGGAUCUAACCAUCACGUACGACCGGGAACAGGCGGUCGACUUCACCAUGCCGUUCAUGAAUCUAGGGAUCAGCAUACUGUAUCGUAAGCCUAUAAAGCAGCCACCGAAUCUGUUCUCAUUCCUCAGCCCGCUUAGCCUCGACGUUUGGAUUUAUAUGGCGACAGCUUAUCUAGGCGUCUCUGUGCUGCUCUUCAUACUCGCUAGGUUCAGCCCUUACGAGUGGGAGAAUCCCCAUCCGUGCAACGGACAGUCCGAGGUCCUCGAGAACGAGUUCACCCUGAUGAACUCGCUCUGGUUCACCAUAGGCUCGCUCAUGCAGCAAGGCUCUGAUAUAGCGCCGAAAGCCGUGUCAACGCGCAUAGUGGCGGGCAUGUGGUGGUUCUUCACUUUGAUCAUGAUUUCUUCGUACACUGCCAACUUGGCCGCGUUCCUCACCGUCGAGAGGAUGGAUUCACCGAUCGAGAGCGCCGAGGAUCUUGCAAAGCAGACGAAAAUCAAAUACGGGGCUCUCAAAGGAGGCAGCACUGCGGCCUUUUUCAGGGAUUCCAAUUUCUCGACGUACCAGCGUAUGUGGUCCUUUAUGGAUUCGGCAAAGCCGACGGUAUUUACAACUAGCAACGUCGAGGGUGUAGAACGGGUGGUCAAGGGGAAAGGCAGCUACGCGUUUCUAAUGGAAUCCACCUCCAUCGAAUACGUAAUCGAGAGAAACUGUGAUCUUACCCAAGUCGGCGGCCUCUUGGAUUCGAAAGGAUACGGCAUCGCCAUGCCGCCAAAUUCACCAUACAGAACGGCCAUCAGCGGAGCCAUCUUAAAGCUGCAAGAAGAGGGGAAACUGCACUUGCUGAAGACGCGCUGGUGGAAAGAGAAACGAGGCGGAGGAUCUUGCAGGGACGACAUGUCGAAGAGCAGUUCAACAGCGAACGAACUAGGACUGGCAAACGUAGGCGGGGUGUUCGUAGUUCUGAUGGGCGGUAUGGGCAUCGCUUGCGUGAUCGCGGUAUGCGAGUUCGUCUGGAAAAGCCGGAAGGUCGCCAUUGAGGAACGGAAGCAGAAAUCCUCGGGGAAACCGAUCUGCGAAGCUUUUACCGAUCUACACUAGCGGGCGAUCCUGUAGGGAUUCGUUCGCGAACCAGAAACUAAAGUAAUAUAAAAACGAACGAAACAAAGAUAGAAAGACAAAAAUGAACGGAACAAUAGAGAACGAACAGAAAUACGAAACAGAUUCCUAUGCCCGAGAAAAGCGUAUCUGACCCGACGGACCUAAGGAGGAACUCCACCACAUCAGUGAUCGAGAACUGUGUGAAACACUGACAGACACAAACUGUAGAAAGUUCAAACGAACGUAUAAUCAAAACGAAGGAGCAACGAUCCUCGACCUUUCCAGUUCUUUUUUUUUCUCUUAUCCCUUCGAGAACCGUAAUCUCGACCGACAAUCUAGCCGGAACGUUAUCGGCGGAACACUACCCAAUCAAUUAUUAUCGGGUAACGUACGGUGUCGUUGGAAUUUCAUUAAGUAGAGAGAAAGGGAGAAAGGAUGAAAAGAAGGGAAGAAAAAGAGAAAAAAAAUGAAAGAACGAAAACGAGAGAAAGAAAAAAAGAAGAAGGAACAAUCCAAAGGGAACGUUUGAUUUAAAACGAUCGUUUUCUUUUCGUCCGCAACAUCCCUUAAUGACAGAACCGUGAAAUGAUGCAGAUAUUGAAAUUGGAAAGGUUAACGCGUUUGCUAUUUGCUCAUAUCAAAACCUUUUUAGAUUAAUUGACGACCGACUUGAAGCCUCGCAGCGAGAAUGAACGAUAUCUCGCGCGAUUGUUACAUAUAAAAGCUAGAACAAAAAGAGAAUGGAAUAUAUAAAAAUACAAACGCGGUGUGAUUUCUUUUUUUUCUGUUUCUAAUGAAUUCACUGCGAUCGCGACUGAAUCGUAUGGUGAGGAGUAACGAACUGUUUACAUGAACAAUCACGAUUUUAUACCGACUAGAUAAUUAAUGUAUAGCGUCAAGUUACAAACGUUUUAUUGUAUGUACAUAUUGUGUAGCUCGAGGAGUGAAUCGCUGUUCUAUGUAGAGUCUGUAAGCUUCUUUUGUGAAUUAAAUAAAAAGAAAGAUGAAAAAUCCGUCUUCUGAAUAUAAUCGAAUAUAAUCGAAUAAUGAUAUGAUAAAAUUUUUAUUCCACCGAUAGAAGCUUGCAGAUUCUACAUAUUUGAGAAGAAAUUCAAUUAUGCGAUAGAAGAUUCUAUAUGUCUCGAUUCGUAUAAACUUGUAUGAUAUGAAAUGAGAAAAAAAAAAGAAAGAAGAAAUAAUGAGAACAGUGAUCGCAAUCGAAACGUAGGUGUUAAAGAAUGAAUCACAUGUACGGUUCGAAAGGACACGCGCACGAUGUGUGACAGUUUAGUAUGACAUUGUUAGUUGUGUCGCAAUGUUUCUUGCCUCUCUUUCUCUCCCGCCAUGGAUACGCAGGAGGUGAGCAACUUUUCUUUUCUACUAUGUAUCUGCUACUCGUUGUGUCAUAGCACUUGUCGAUUGACAGACCGUAGAGCAUGAGAUAUUUCUUUCCGAAUAGCUGACUUUUUUUGUCGUUCGGUAUACCGCAAUGUUGGAAAUGGAAUUAUUAAACGAACUUUUACGGAGGAAGGAAAUAUUUAUAAGAAUCCUUCGGUUUAUUCAUCUGUUGGGUUUUUCAAAGUUUAAACAUUGUUUUAUUUGUUGGAUAAAUAUAUAUACAUAUAUAUAUACAGAAAAGUUUACAAGAAACUAAAAUAAAUGUAUUGAAAAAUUGUUUCCAUUUUCAUCAUUGUUAUUUUCUUGUUAUUAAUUAAACAGGGUAAAACAAAAAAAUAAUUCUUGUAACGCAGUAUGGUGUGAGUAAUUUUCUUAGUUUUAUGUUCGUCUCCUUUGCGAAUUGAAUUUUUUAAUACUUUAUUUUCCUUAUUUACAGCUUGUGGAUACCGUUUUAUAUGAAAAUUUAUUAAAAACAAAGCAGAUUGUUAUAAAUUAUUUGUUGAACAUCGCACGAAUAAUUAUAAGACACAAACUGGUUUACUAUGUGUGCUUGAUUCCUUGUAUUUUUUCCUUCACGUACUCACAGCUUCUAUGAAAUAAUUGAUUAUUAAUUAAGGUUGCAUGCAUAUAUCCAACAGAAUUGUUUAUCUCGAGAAAGUCAGCUUCGUGCCAUGACGCGUCGCAUAAACCCAACAAUUUUAAAAGAGCAAUAUGCUUGAUGUCCUCAUCAAGGUGUCUAACUCGAAGUUUCUAUUCUACUGCAGAGUCUUUAAACUUGUUUUCUCAUUCUUGUAACUACUUCAGCUAAUAUCAUUGGAUCGUAGAGUGUCCCAUGAACCCAAAAAUUUUAAGGAAGCGAUAUGCUUUAUAGUCCUUUGUAAAAUGUCUGGGUUAGAAUUCCUAUCUUAUCGUAGAGUCUAUAAACUUGUUUACUUACAGGUAUUCCUCAUAAGAUACUGAACUUCGAAUCUUCAAUUGGUAUUAUUGAAAUACAAACAGUCUAUAGGAGUUUUGAUUAAGUUAAUUUGUUUUUUGAGAAUGUACUUUAUUUUUAAUUUGUUUCGUGUUUAUCCUGUUUUACAUAACAAAUACAGUGGUAAUCCUCUUACAACCCUCGCAUAAACUUCAAAAACACAAUUCUCGACAAUUCUGGUUAAUCAUAUUCUUCCUACGUAUACAUUUUCUAACCGAAUUUGUAUUAUCUUAAUAUUAAAGCAGUACAUGAUCGUAAAUGUAUUUAUCGUGUGAGAUAUAGAAUCUAAAUUAAAAUUAAAUUUAUCGCAAACUAUUACGAUUACCUGUGACAUAACGAUACCAAUCGAAAUUGGUAACUAUUAUAAUUAGGAAGAAGCUAGUUUUGUCCAAAGUUCGUAGUCAUUUAUUUCAAUAAAAUAUGUUAUCUC